CAUUUCUUUUUAUGAAACAAUUGAAGCAUUGAAUUGAAGUAAUUUUGAUGUUAUUAAAUGUUCCAGAAAAAAGUUAUUCCUAAAAUGGAAGAAUGGAUACAAUGGCAAAAUAUAAAAAAUGAAAAAAAUAUCGAAAUAAUUAUACAUGCCAUUGAAAAUAUUUUCAGAAAAGAGGAUAUAAAUAUACUAUUCAUAGUGGAACAUAAUGGUAUUGUUUUGGGAGAGAGUGAUCCAAUAUUAAUCAAAUCAAGUUUUGAUGAAUUAUCCAUUUCUACAAUCAAUUUUAAUGUUAAUUUACCAAUUAUUCCCAAUGAUAAAGAAAAUAUUAAUUCAAUUGUAUCAAUUCCUAUACUAAUUAAAGCUGUAGAAAUAAUAGAAAAUGAUGAGGAAUCUAUACAAUCUAUUUCAGAAGAAUUUAAGAAAAAUGAAAAUAAAAAAAAAUCGAUAUUCAGUACAAAAUCUGGAUUAUUUCCUACAUCAAAAUUAUUUGGAAUAUGUAAUUUUGAUAUAAUUCCAAUUAUAUUAGGUGAAAAACUGUUCUCUGAAAAAUUAAUUCUAGAAACACCUAAUUUUUUCUUUGAUGGUAAUUUAGUAUCAUGGCAGAAUCUUCCACGUUUAACAGUAACAGCUUCACAGAAUCAUCUUCCAGUUAAUAUUUCAACAUUAAUCACUGAUGCAAACAAUGCAUUUAAUUUAUUCUAUAUCACAGUCGAGAGUAUAUACAACAUUCCAGAAACUUUUACGGAUAAUUUCAAAUAUAAAGCUGGCACGAUAACGUAUACCGAUAGCGAGAUUCCAAAAAUUUUAAUUUUCGAUCAAGGUACGUGGACAAAACACCGCGAUAUCGAGAGAACAAAACGAUGGAAUACUUUGCGUUACAUAGAAAACCGUGCUCAAUUAUCGAAAUACAAACUAGAUUGUGAUUUUACGGGAAUUAGAAAUGAAUUCAAAAAACAAUUCGAUUUAGCGAAAAAGAUAUCCCAAGAUAUACCGCGAAUAGAAUGGAAUUCUUUGAUUCGUUAUGUCAUGUGGGAUAAAGGACUUCAAACAAUACAAGAUCAUAUUAUAAAACACAAAUUAUGGCCUUUUCAAUUUGAAAUAACGACAGCAGCUUCGCCAAUGAAAUUUAAAAACGAUUUAUCAGCUAGGAAACAGUUGUAUCAGUGCUACAUCGAUAUUUCGGAACUUCUUUUUCCAGGAAGAACAAGUUGUCGAGCCGUAGGCCAAUUAUAUACGUAUAAUCCAGCAGACUUAUCGGAAAAAUUAGGAGUCGAUCAAAAUAUCUUUGUUCUCGAAUUAUCACGUAAAGACUUAAAAGAAAAAGACAAAAAAAAUAAAGUCGAAAAAUCGAAGAAUAACUCGCAAUCGAAUCAAUCAGAAAUCGAAGUAAUAAGAAGUCAAAGUGAACCAAUAUUUAAUGAAAAUGGGGAACCUACAAUUGUAGUAGUUAACAUCGAAUUCUACGAACCUUUAGUUGCUUGUAGAAUAGAAGAGGAUUUCACAUAUUUGAUAAAUGAAGUAAUAUCUAAAAUGGAAAAAAAACCGCCUUAUGUAUACUCUAGUAAAAUAGCAGAAGAACAAUAUAAACAUUGUAUUCAAAAACUGGCGGAAGUUCUUACAGAAUCUUAUCGAGAUUUUUGUGAAGAAAAUAAAGAAAAAACUAGUACGGGUCAAAGGCCACAAGAAACAUAUUGCUUCGAUCCAAAACUAGAUGAAAUAACAUGUUUCAAACAAUAUCUUUAUAAAACUGGAGUAUACUUAAAUAUUCGCAAUACGUUAAGAAUGAAAAUUCCUAUUUUGAUAGAUCAAAAAUUCAAAUUGCCUGCAAAUUUUGUGGGUUCUAAGGAAUCUCAUAAUAUUAUCACUUCUAUGUAUGUAUAUUUAGUAGAACAAAUGCACCUUGCUCUAAAUCAAAUAAUUGAAUGCCGACUUAUAAAAAAUAAUGAAAAUGAUUUAAAUAAAAAAGAAAAAUAUAUAAAUUUAGAAAUGACAUAUUUUUAUGCUGAAGAAACUUAUGAACUUGGAAAUCUGGAUGAAGCUAAACAAAAUUAUUUAAAACUGAUAGAAUCGAAUAAAAAUGAUCCAUAUGUUUGGGCAUUAUAUGCAAUUUUUCUUAAGAAAAUAGGUGAUAUAGAAAGUGCAAAGCAAUGUUGUUUAGAAGCAAUUAUGUUAGAUCGACAACACCCAAUUGCAUUGUUAAUAUACGCAAUGAUCUUUUUUGAGAAUAAAGAAUACAAAAAGGCUGAGAUUUUUUUUAGAGCUAUUGUCUAUUUACAUCCACGCUUUUUUGAAGGCUGGGCAAUUUUACAUCUUUUCUUUAUACGAACCGAAUACUAUCCAGGAGUGGAUCUCACGCUUCGUAUAGCAGAGAAAUGUAUGCAAGAUAAAACUCGCAUUACAACGCUUGAUCAAAAACCGCUUUUAUGGUCCACGGAUUAUUGUCCAAAGAAUAAUUUGUAUAUAAAUGUUGUAAUAUUUUUAUUGAAACUGAACUUUUGUGAGUUUGCAGAAAUAGCAUUAGCAGAGGAAAUGUCAAUUUCCAAUCGAUCAAUUCAUGUCUUGUACUAUAUGGCAGUGGAACAUUAUUUAUCUAAUAGAUAUGAAGAUGCAUUAUCUCAUUUAAAGGAAAUUCGAUGCAAUUAUGGAAUGGAUUAUUCGGUUAGUAGUCUAAUGGGCCACUGUUACUUCAAAAUAGGAAAUAUCGAAAAAGCAAUAGAAUUCUAUCAACAUGCGCAUAUGCUUUUCGAUAGGCCUAAAGAUUUGCAUUUAGUAGAAAUUAGAUUGGGAUAUCAUUAUCACAAUCACGGUGACUUUGACCGAGCAAAAAGAAUUUUUUUGAGUGUAUGCAAAUCCUCACCCUCUUGUAUAACCUGGCUAGGGGUUGGUAAAAGUUGUUAUGAGUUAGGUCAAUUUCACGAAGCAGAAAUAUCCUUAUCAGAAGCAAACAGAAUUAAUAAUCAGAAUCCAGAAGUAUGGGGUUAUUUAUGUCUUUUGAACAUGACUCUUCGAAGAUAUGACGAAUUUAUACAAUGUUAUGCAGAAAUGACCAAAUAUCAGAAUAAUCUUAUAGAUAGAAAACUAUUGUUGAGAAUAACCAACAUGAUGAAGGCUUUGGAUUACGCACUACCAAAUUUAAUAGAAACCAACGAUCUUGUCCGAGGAUCAUAAUACAGAGGGAUCUGAGGAACAAUUUUAAAAUUAAUGGCAUCAUAACGAAUUAGAAAAAAAAAGAAAGUUUGAAUUAAUAAAGAAAAAAUCAUAAUGGCACUCAUUUUUAAUUAUUGAAAAUAAUAU